AUGACCCAAGAGCAAAUCGAAAACUUCCAGGGGAAGCCAAUUGUUACACACCAAAAGGGCACGGCCGAAUUUCUUCCACCUACGACGGGAGGAGCCACUGCAAAGCUUACCUGGGUAAACCCUUUCACCAAUAAGGGUAACUCAUCCGUUUCGAAAGUCGAGGAUCUCUCCGGAAGUGCACUUGCCCAGCAACAUAUGGCCAACGUGAUUGAGUGGGCAAGAGAAUACCUCCCUGGCCUACGGGGAGCACGGAUCAGUUCUAUCAGGUCUAUUUGGGAUGGUAUCACCGACACCCAGGAUCCACUUAUUGCCCGACACCCCGAUCUGGCGAAUGUGGUUACGGCGGUGGGUGGAUCUUUCAAUCGCGCUAAAGACCUCCCAAGUAUCGGCAAGCUGGUUGUCGACGUUCUUGAUAACGAGCCUAUCCCGGAACAGUACGGAUGGAACCCGGAGAGGACGGCUAAUGGCUACUGGCGAUUUCGCCGAGAUGGAGAAGGCAGCUGGGGCCUUUAA